UCUUUUUCUUUAUUUCAUAGAGAGAAGAGAACACUAUGGAUACCUGUCAACUCAAGUACCAAAACAUUUGGAUGAAAAUUCACAAUACCAAACUCAUUAAAUUUACACAAUUAUUCAUUUUAGUGUCUCUAUUUUCAUUCAUCUUUUCACCUUCUUUGUUGUUUGUUUUCCUCCAUUAUUUCAAAUUCUAUUUCUCUACGAUACCUUUUGAACUCUACACUCAUAACAUAGACAAGAACAACAUGUUCCUCCUUUGUAACGGUCUCCUUGUUUUUGUUGGUUUAACCAAAUCUUUCUCAACUUCUUCAAUAGAUAAUGAUAAACCUUCCAAUAACUCACAAUAUAUUAUAGUUGAAGAAGAGGAAGGUUUGCAAUCUUGUAUCGUUGAUGAUGAGGUUAAUGAGCCAAUGUUGGAGAGAGAAACCGAGAAGAGAAUUAGUGAACCAGAUGAAGAAAGUGCUGAAGAAGAGGAAGAAAAAAUAGAAGUAAACAUUGAAAAGAUAAUUUUGAUAGAUGAAGAUCAAGGUCAAGAGAUGAAGGAGGUAGAAGAAGAAGUUGAACUAUUUGAUAAAGAUUGUGAAGAGGGAGAUAAAGAGUCAGAAAUUGAAUGCAUUCUAAUUGAAGAAAACAGCAUAGAAGAAGAGGAAGAAGAAAAAGAUUAUGUAGGAGAAGAAGAAGAAGAAAGUAACAUGUUAAAUACAGAAGAGUUAAAUAAAAAGUUUGAAGAUUUCAUUAGAAAAAUAAAGGAAGAUCUAAGAAUGGAUGCUAGACGACAUUUAGUAAUGGUCUGAUUUAGUUAAAAACAACCAUCAUCUUAUUUCUUGUGAGGCUAGUAAUUUUGUAAACUAUUUUCUCUUAAGCAAGAGUUUUAUUAU